CCAUGCAUAAAAAAGAAAGAGGACUUCGAAGAAAGAUAUAAAGAGAAAGAAAAAGUGAAGGAAAUCGUCGAGCCUUUAGAAAAUGAAAACAAAGUAGAAGAGGAAGGAUCAGAAAAAGACGAGUGGAAACAGAUAAUUAUUCAAGCUGAAGAACUUAUCCAAGAAAUCUGA